AACUAAUAAUAAUUGUCGUCAUCUAAAUUAUAGUUUUUAUGAGAUCUGUAUUCAAAGAAUCAUGAUAUUUUGUCUGGAAUAACAAUUACGUCACGUGGAUUGCACGUGCAAUGAUAUAGCAGUGCCCCUCUGUUUGAUUCAGCGGAAAAUCAUCGCAAACAGUUUUGAGAUGCUCCCCAAGAAUCCACAUUUGCCACCACCUAGUACUGUAGCAAGACGUCCGUACAACUUAUCAGACAUAAAAAUAGAAGAGACAGAGACCCUGUUUUCCACUAACCCAAGAAAACUCCAUGCAUUAAACUAACUGUAAAUGUUCCUCUCUCUCUCUCUCUAAAUCUCUGCAUCAGUUCCUUUUUUCGAUCUACCAAUGACGCAACAAAGUAUAAAACUCCAACCCACAAACAGUAAUGUUGAGAAAAACCCAAAUGAUGUCUAUCAAUCAAAUCAGGGAACUGGGAAAAAAAAAAUAAAUAAAUAAAAGAGUGUAAAAACAAGUACAACAGAAACUGGUCUUUGAAAAAGCUGCUUUAAUCGAAGGGAAAACCUUGACAGGUUCCUUUCGUGGAAAAAAAAAAAAAUUAAAGGAAAAAAAAAACCAGUACAGUCUCUGUAUUCUCUAUACUUUUUAUCGUGAUUUUUAUACAUGCAAAUGCACUUAUAAGUAUACAAUGAUUUGCUUCGCAAUCUUUGCAAAAAAGGGUAUGAGCAAAUUUAUGUACUUGAGCAUUUUUUCGAACACAUAAUAUACAGCCUACCCUAUUGGAGGAGGUUUCUGUGGAAAGCUAUAGAGAAGAGUAAAACAGAGGGAUAUGGAAGAUAAUAACAGUGGAGAGAAUAGUGUUGCUGAUACUGGUGAGGAAGAUAAGCAAGUUUUAAAGAGAAUGAUUUCAGAACAUCCUUUGUUUGGGAUGUUGAUUGAGACGCACAUCAACUGUUUGAAGGUGGGGUUGGGUGAAGUUGAAGAUCAGGUUGGCAUAACAAGUUCACCGCACCAAUAUUCCAAUACCAACCUCCUUGAUGCUGCUACUAUCAUUCCCAAUUCUUCAGACCUUGACAAAUUCAUGGAAGCAUAUUGUAUUGCUCUAAACAAGCUUAAAGAAGCCAUGGAGAAACCUGUGAAGGAGACAACGUCCUUCAUCAAGGACAUGUAUGCUGAACUGAAGGGGCUCACUGUCACAAGUGAAGCAGACGAACCUCUUGUUCUUAAUGACAAAUAAUAUAAUAUAAUGUUGUUGGCAAGCCCCAUAAAUCUAACUAGUUAGACUGUUAAAUGGGAACAAUGCUCAAUAUAUCCUACUAAUUAACAUUAAUCUACGAAAAUAGUUGGUUAGCGGCAAAAAUUACUAGAUCUGUACGUUCAUUA